AUGGUCAAAAUCUCUCCGGUCAAAAUAGGUCAAAAUCUCGGUCAAUUGACCAGGCACAACCCUAAAACUGAACAUAUAUUUCAGUCGGACAGCAGCACAUUCGCAAACUCACAGGUUGUAAAGAAGACCAGAACGGAAACGUCAGGGUCGUUGGAAGAGGCCCUCGCAGCCAAAAAGGUCACAAUAACCCUGGAGGGUUUUCCGAAGGUCAAGAUGAACGUUGAACAGCUCACAGCUCUUCGAGCGUCCAUUGAAGAGGCCCAGGAAGACAUUCCGGAGGAAUUGUGGCCCAUAAGCUUCACCAGGUGCAACUACAAGUCAGGAUCCAUGGUGGUCACCUGUGAAGACGCAAAAUCGGCUCGAUGGCUGAUGGAAGCAGUGCCCAUUCUCCACCCCUGGAAAGGGGCAAGGCUUCAGGCCAAGCAGGAGGAUGUCAUCCCUAAUUUCUGCGUCUGUAGGGCAUUCUUCCCCGAUAAAGGCGGACAGAAGCUGGAGACAGAGCGGGUAUUAAAAAAGCUCAGAGUAUCCAACCGCGGCCUCAAUACGUCUCUGUGGACAGUUAACAAAUGUAUUCCGUUGGAAAAAGGCCAUAUUUGGUACUUCUCAAUGGAUAAGGUUUCGCGGAAAGUCCUAGGGGACCUGAGCAUGGUUGCGUCUUUCGGUAUGAAGCGUCUGAAGUUUAGUGAAAUCGGUUCAGCCAAGAAGAAGAACCACGCUGUCAUAGCGGCUACACCCUCAACAUCUUUGGCUUUUAAAGAAACGGGAAAGGAAGCCGACAAGAACGAAGACGUCCCAGAGGCAACCGCAACCUGUCAGUCGGAGCCAAUGGAAGAAGAAAUCAUUGAUCUUUGUUCAUACGAAGAUUAAGGUCCUGCAGGCAAACCUUCAGCAUGCCAAGGCGGCUUUCGCCAUAGCUAGUAGGAGGUUUGUAAAAGAGAGUAUGGACAUCGCUCUACUGAAGGAAAUCUGGCCCCACAAAACCAGAAUAUCAAACCCCCAAACACCAUUUUGUUGUACACAUGGUUAUAAGAAGGACCAAAAGCCUUUAUAAUGGCAUGGUGAAAGGGGCUAAGCUCUGCAGACUGCGUUACAACACUUUUAAAAGCACCGACGUAAGGCAUAAGGCUUCAUUAUUUGCUUUGCGUACUUCUUUACAAAGCUAAAACAAACCAAGACCAGACUAUAUACCUUGCAAUAAUUGGGUGGGCAAUAGUAAAAUUUCAACCUAAAUAAUCGCCGGGGGUUGACGGAAUCCCCAAAAAGGCGCGGAUAACUUAAUUCCUCAUUUAUUUAGAAUCUUCAGAGCAACCUUAGCCUGGAGAUACAUACCCAAAGUUUGUCUAGAAGCAAAGAUUAUAAUCUUAUUAUACUCUUAUUAUCUGCACUGCCAAAGGCAGGAAAGAUAAACGAUUGAACCCUUAAAUCAUAUACCCAGAUAGCCAAAUAGGGCAAAAAUAAAGUAAAAAUUGAGAUAUGCAUUUGUUUUAUUUUUUACAUAGUUGCAUACACAUACAUUUUUUAUUGGGCAAUCAAAUACUUUAAGCUCAUAAAGCAACAUUAAGCCAAUAUUAACUGAAUGUUAAUAUUAAAGAGAUAUACAUAUAAUAUAUAUUUAUAUAUGAUAACAUAACGCAAAAAUUGUGAUAUGUAAACUAAGUUUCUAUCAACCGUUAAAAAGUUAAUAAAUACUGCUGGAAUCAUCAUUUUUUAAAGUAAAAAAUGUAUGUUCUUUUAAAUGUUAAUUAUAUGCAUAGCAUAACUGUAUAAGUAUGUAGGUACACAGAAUAAUGCAAUUAUUAUUAUUAUUAUCCAACGUUAAACAAUACAAAAUAUUGUUAAUAUUGAGCAAAUAUCAAUUUACACAAUUAACAUAGUCACAUAUGACUUUUAUUAUAUCCCUACAAAUGGCCAAAUAUUGAG